GCAGCAAAUCUGCCCGGGAUCUUGCUUUCCAUGAGGGAGGAUUUUCUUUAGUCAUUACACCAGUUUUCUCCAUCAGCUUUUCCUCUUUCCUCAUAUCUCAUAGAAUCCUUUCACAUGCUUAUGUAUAUAUAUAAGCUCAACCACACCCACACACCCUUGUAAAGCAAAGCCUUCAUGCCAAUCACACACACCAUCUGCAUCUCGUCUACCAUUCUUGCUUCCUCCUUGUAGUAGUCUUCUGUUCUUUCAUCACAGUAUCAUACAGAAGCCCAAUCAGAGUAUAGGGGAACACAUCUCUGCUAGCUUUGCCUUCUUCCAUGGCAGUGGCUAUAGAGGCUCCGUUCCAUGUCCUGGCUGUGGAUGACAGCCUCCCUGACAGGAAGCUCAUUGAGAGACUACUCAAGACCUCUUCUUUCCAAGUUACCACUGUUGAUUCUGGUAGCAAGGCUCUGGAGUUCUUGGGGCUCCAUGGUCAUGAGGACAGCCCUAUUUCGGUUCAAGCAGAUCAGCAGGAGGCUGCAGUGAACCUGAUCAUCACAGACUACUGCAUGCCUGGCAUGACAGGAUAUGAUCUUCUCAAGAAGAUCAAGGAAUCGUCAUAUUUAAGGGACAUCCCAGUUGUGAUCAUGUCAUCGGAGAACAUUCCUUCAAGGAUCAAUAGAUGCCUGGAGGAAGGAGCAGAUGAAUUUUUCCUUAAACCAGUUCGGCUCUCGGACAUGAGCAAGCUGAAGCCCCACAUCCUGAAAAGCCGAUGCAAGGAGCAAUACCAGCAGGAACAACACCUGCAAAGCAACAGCGAAAGCAGCAACAGCAGUAACCCCACAAACGAGAACAGCAGCAGCACUUGCAGCAACAGCCACAAGAGAAAGGCAAACGAUGACGAAAUUUUGCCCCACGCAACAAGACCAAAGCACAGUUAAUUUAGCAGCUGAUUUUUCAUUUGACACUCAUUUUUUUUUGGAGGGCUUCUUUGUCCUGAUCGGUUUUUGACCCACUGAAUUGUAAAGCAGAUGCUAACACUUAGUUUACAGAAUAUAAUGCAAUCCGUAAAUGGAUACUGCUAGAUUCAAUUGGAUGGUUCUCUCUUCUCUAUUCAUCACAUUGUGAUUUUAAGAUAAUUCAACUUUGAAAUUCCUGC